GGUAGGAGGCGGCGUUCCGUUAGUGGCGUUGGGGUCUGGCGGCGGCGGCAGUAUUUUCUCCUUUGCUGACGCGGAGUGGUUCAGCCUGGAGCCAGCCAGCUCUCGCCGCCGCCGUCGUGAUGGGGGCUCAGGACCGGCCGCAGUGCCACUUCGACAUCGAGAUCAACCGUGAGCCGGUUGGCCGCAUUAUGUUUCAGCUCUUCUCAGACAUAUGUCCAAAAACAUGCAAAAACUUCCUUUGCCUAUGCUCAGGGGAGAAAGGCCUUGGGAAAACAACUGGGAAGAAGUUAUGUUAUAAAGGUUCUACAUUCCACCGAGUGGUUAAAAACUUCAUGAUUCAGGGUGGGGAUUUCAGUGAAGGUAAUGGAAAAGGUGGAGAAUCAAUUUAUGGUGGAUAUUUUAAAGAGAAUGUGGUCUUUUGCAAAAUGAAAAGGUAAGAGAACAAAGCUCAGUAACACAAACUCCAAUUCUGUUCCCUUGCACCCUUCCUAAUAAAUUUAUGGACAGUCUGGGUCAGGUUGUGGCUGGAUUUCUAUAUUGCUUGAAGACUUGGAAAAUAAUUUUAUGUUAUUUCAUAAGUGUAUGUGUAUCUUUUUUUUCCUUUCCCAAUGAGUUAUUUGUUCUAUAUCAGGGGAAAGAAUCUAGCUGUUUUUUUCCCCCUAAGCCAAGCAAUUUCUUUGAAUAAAAAUUGGUAUUUUCUUCUUUCUCAAAGGUUUGUAUGUUUUCUUUUGUAUACUAGAAAUAUAUGAUGGUAUUUUAUUCCUACAGUAGUAGCAUUUGCAUAAAUCUAACUAUUGCACUUGCCCCAAAAAGCCUUAGAAAAGUCAGUUGCAGAAAUUUAUAAUGGGAUCCAAUUUUACUAGGUUUUAAUGCUAUAAAAGCUUCAGUGUUAUAAUAGUCUUUUAUAUUUCCUUUGGGAGAAAAUGGAUUACUACUCUUUUUCAGAAGCCUGUUCCCAAGGUAAUCAUGUUUUAAAGUUUUCUAUGUUUCUGUUUGUUCUAAAGAAAGAUUUGUUUGUAUGAAUGUCAAAAGGAAUUUUAAGUUAAUAAGGGUAUUUCUGCUGGAAUUAAUAUGAUCUCUAAGUGAUCUUUAUGGUGAAUUUUUUUCCUCUGAAUUAGUAAGAAACAGCUCUUUAGCUGGUUCUAUCUGCAUUUAGCAAUUUAAAUUUAAUGCUGUAGGCCACUUUAAUGUGGUUGUUCCUGUGGCAGAUACUUUUAUAUCUUAAAAUUGUAUUUUGCCAUUUCAAUUUUUAUUUUUACAAAAGUUAAUUCCUUAGAUAAUUUUGUGAUCUGAUUGAUAAUGCACAUACUUAAUUUAGACAUGUCCUUAAAACUUAUAAAAGCAAAAAGAAUUAGAUAUUUUAACUUCAACUCAGUUGAAUAAUAAUUUACCAUAUGAAAAUUAAACAAAUAAAAGGAUUAUUAAACACCCAUAUAUAGUACAUUUGGCAGGCUAAUUGGAAAUUUUGGAAGAAAUGAAUUUUACUGUAGAGAUUUAUCUAAAAAUUUUCUUAUUAGUUUUUCCUGCAAGUUAACAGCUUAUGUACUGCUUAGCCAAGUAUGUUACUACAAAAAGUGACUAUUCUAAGGCUGUUUGUAUAAAAUAUUAAAUAUAUGUUCUUUUCUUUAAGGCUUUCAUUAGUAUCUUUUGGCAUUUUUAUGCUCUUUUUUGAUUAGUUGAAAAAUUUUUUCCUAAAUAUUGUCAAGUAUCUGUACUGACCAGAAGAGGAAUUUCAUCCUUUGCUUUCUAUUUAUUACUUGAGCAUUACUUUAAAAGUGUCUUAUAAUUGGGAGACUGACGUAUUUGUGUUUUCUUCAAACAGAUGAAAACUUUAUUCUCAAACAUGACAGAGCGUUCCUUUUGUCAAUGGCAAAUCGAGGGAAACAUACCAAUGGUUCCCAGUUUUUCAUUACUACAAAACCUGCUCCACACCUCGAUGGGGUACAUGUUGUCUUUGGACUGGUUAUUUCUGGAUUUGAAGUCAUAGAACAAAUUGAAAAUCUGAAAACUGAUGCUGCAAGCAGACCUUAUGCAGAUGUGCGAGUUAUUGACUGUGGGGUGCUCGCCACAAAAUCAACAAAAGAUGUUUUUGAGAAAAAAAGGAAGAAACCAACACAUUCAGAAGACUCGGAUUCCUCUUCCAGUUCCUCUUCAUCUUCCGAAUCAUCUUCAGAAAGUGAAAUUGAACAUGGGAGAAGCAGAAGAAGGAAACAUAAGAGGAGGCCAAAAGUUAAACAUUCUAAAAGGAGAAGAAAGGAAGCAAGCAGCUCAGAAGAACCAAGGAGCAAACAUAUAAUGAGCCCAAAAGGUCACUCUGAGAGGAGUGAUACAAAUGAGAAAAGAUCAGUUGAUUCAAACGCUAAACGGGAAAAGCCUGUAGUCCGCCCAGAAGAGAUUCCUCCAGUGCCUGAGAACAGAUUUUUACUGAGAAGAGAUAUGCCUGUGGUCACUGUGGAGCCUGAACCGAAGAUUCCAGAUGUUGCACCCAUUAUAAGUGAUCAAAAACCAUCUGUAUCAAAGUCUGGACGGAAGAUUAAAGGAAGGGGUACAAUUCGCUAUCACACACCUCCAAGAUCAAGAUCCUGUUCUGAGUCAGAUAAUGAUGACAGCAGUGAAACUCCUCCUCACUGGAAAGAGGAAAUGCAGAGAUUGAGAGCCUACAGACCACCUAGUGGAGAAAAAUGGAGUAAAGGAGAUAAGUUAAGUGACCCCUGUUCAAGUCGAUGGGAUGAAAGAAGCUUGUCCCAGAGAUCUAGAUCAUGGUCUUAUAAUGGAUAUUAUUCAGAUGUUAGUACAGCAAGACACUCUGAUGGUCACCAUAAGAAACGAAGAAAGGAAAAAAAGGUUAAGCAUAAAAAGAAAGCAAAAAAGCAAAAACAUUGCAGAAGACACAAACAGACUAAGAAGAGAAGAAUUGUUGUACCUUCUGACAUUGAAUCCUCAAAAUCUUCCACUCGACAAAUGAAGUCCUCUUGUGAUAGAGAAAGGAGAUCUCGAUCUUCCUCCUUUUCAUCUCAUCACUCAUCUAAGAGGGACUGGUCUAAAUCUGACAAGGAUGACCAGAGCACUUCAACCCAUUCCAGUAGAGAUUCCUACAGAUCCAAGUCUCAUUCACGGUCUUAUUCUAGAGGAAGCUCAAGAUCAAGGACUGCAUCAAAGUCUUCAUCACAUUCUCAAAGUAGAUCAAAGUCCAGGUCAAGUUCUAAGUCAGGGCGCCAAAGGACAGCAUCAAAAUCACCAAGAAGAACAGCUUCUCAGUUAAGUGAAAAUAAACCAGUUAAAACAGAACCUUUAAGGGCAACAGUACCACAAAGUGAAAAUGUAGUAGUACAGACAGUGGUAGCAGAAAAUAUUCCUGUAAUACCGUUGAGUGACAGUCCCCCCCCUUCAAGGUGGAAACCUGGACAGAAACCCUGGAAGCCCUCUUAUGAGCGAAUUCAGGAAAUGAAAGCAAAAGCAACCCAUUUGUUGCCCAUUCAAAGCACUUAUAGUUCAGCAAACAUUAAAGAGACUGGUGGUUCAUCAUCCUACCGUAAAAGAGAGAAAAAUUCAGAAAGUGAUCGGAGUGCUUAUUCAAAAUAUAGUGAUAGAAGUUCUGAAAGUUCAGCAAGGUCAGGUAGCAGAUCUUCUAGGAGUAGAUCUUAUUCUAGAUCAUAUACAAGGUCACGUAGUCUAGCUAGUUCACAUUCAAGGUCUAGGUCUCCAUCUUCUAGAUCUCAUUCACGAAGUAAGUACAGUGAUCGUUCACCGUUCAGUAGAUCAUCUUCAUACACUUCUGUUAGCAGUAAUGAUGAAAGACGAGCCAAGAGGAAAUUCAGAUCCAAUGGGAAAAAAAAUAAUACUUCAAAUAAAAGGCACAGCAGCAGCUCUGAAAAGACACUUCGCAGUAAAUAUGUCAAAGGCAGAGAGAAGUCUUCAUGUCAGAGAAAGUAUAGUGAAAGCAGGUCAUCUUUAGAUUAUUCUUCAGACAGUGAACAGUCAAGUGUUCAGGUUACACAGUCAGUCCAAGAAAGAGAGAAGCAGGGCAAAAUGGAAAUAAUGAACGACAAGCAGGAAAAAAGCAGAGAUGAAGAGAAACCCAAGCCUGAACGGGAAUGCCCUCGUACCAAAAAAAGAACUUUGAAAGAGAAUCUUUCUGAUCACUUUAGAAAUGGCAGUAAGUCCAAAAGGAAGAAUUAUGCUGGGAGUAAAUGGGACUCUGAGUCAAAUUCAGAGCGAGAGAGAACUAAAAACAGUAAAAACGAUUCCCGCCGAUCAUCUGAUAAGGAGGAAGGUGAGGCCACAUCAGAUUCUGAAUCAGAGGUUAGUGAAAGUCACAUCAGAGCAAAACCCAAGACAAAAUCUUCAGCAAAUACUUCACUGCCUAAUGAUACCAGUGCUUGGAAAUCGAGUAAACGGCGGCCAUCAACUUCUGAUUCUGAGGGGUCCUGUUCCAACUCAGAAAACAAUAAAGGAAAGCUACAGAAGCACAAACAUGGGUCAAAGGAAAAUCUUAGAAGGGAACACACUAAAAAAGCAAAAGAAAAACAGAAAGGGAAAAAGGAAAAAAAAAACAAGGCUCCAAAACGAAAACAGGCAUUUCACUGGCAGCCUCCACUAGAAUUUGGUGAAGAGGAGGAGGAGGAGAUUAAUGAAAAGCAAGUUACUCAGGAAUCAAAAGAAAAAGCCCAAAUUUCUGAAAACUGUGAAACCAUAAAAGAUCAUAUUCCAAAAACUGAUAAAUCCUGUGACGAGGGCAGCCUUUCAGAUAAACAUAAUACAAUGACUACGUCAUCAGGUCUUGACCAGCUCACUAAAGGUGAUAGUAAGCCCAGCACUUGUCCCACUGCUUUAAAUGCUGAGGAAAAUGCUGCCAGUCCACCCCCAAACACCCAGCAGAUUGAAGAAGGUGUUCCAAGUGGAACAGCAGAGGAUGUGCUUCAAACAGAUGAUAACAUGGAGAUUUGCACUCCUGAUAGGAAUUCCCCAGCCAAGGUAGAAGGGUCUUCCCCUCUAGCAAAUUCAAGGCUUGAGACCCCAGAGAUAAGUGUGGUUCUAAAGCAGGACAUACAUAUAGAACAUCCUGAAACAGAGGAGACAAAACAAGAAGGCAGUGUGUCUGAAAACAAAACCUUAGGGGAAGUGGGGAAACAGGACGGCAACUCUGUCAGCUUGCCCAGUGCUGUAGAAAGUACUGGGAAGAAGGAGGUAGCUGAGAAGAGCCAGAUCCACCACCUCACAGAUAAUAAAUGGAAGCCCCUGCAAGGUGUGGGGAACCUGGCAGCACCUACAGCCACCACAUCUAGUGCCAUAGAAGUAAAGGCGUUGACUGCUGUACCUGAAUUGAAACCUCAGGGCUUGAGAAUAGAAAUUAAAAGCAAAAAUAAAGUUCGGCCUGGGUCUCUGUUUGAUGAAGUAAGAAAGACAGCUCGCCUAAACCGGAGGCCAAGAAAUCAGGAGAGUUCAAGUGAUGAACAGACGCCUAGUCGGGAUGGUGAUAGUCAGUCCAGGAGUCCAAGUAGAUCUCGAAGUAAAUCUGAAACCAAAUCACGACACAGAACAAGGUCUGUCUCCUAUAGUCACUCUAGAAGUCGAUCAAGGAGUUCUACAUCAUCUUAUCGAUCAAGAAGCUAUUCUAGAAGUCGGAGCAGAGGAUGGUACAGCAGAGGUCGAACUCGAAGCCGGAGCAGUUCCUAUCGGAGUUACAAAAGUCACAGGACAUCUAGCAGGAGCAGAUCCAGGAGCAGCUCGUAUGAUCCCCACAGUCGGUCCAGCAGGUCCUACACCUAUGAUAGCUACUACAGUAGGAGUCGGAGCCGAAGCCGGAGCCAGAGGAGUGACAGUUACCACCGAGGCAGAAGUUACAACAGGCGGUCCAGGAGUUGUAGAUCUUAUGGCUCUGACAGUGAAAGUGACCGAAGUUACUCUCAUCACCGAAGCCCCAGUGAAAGCAGCAGAUAUAGUUGAAAAUGUCCUUUUUUGAUACAAAUUAUAUCGUAUUUGUAAAUAUCUGAUAACUUAAAAAAGUUUAAGAAACUUAAUGGCAGUCUGUUGUUCUAUUUCAGUAUUAGAGAUGAAUUUCAAAGACAAUUGUUAUUCAUUUACAUGUGUAGAAUAAUUUAAAAUACAGAUGUCUCCUAGAAAUAUUUUUAUGCCACAUUUUACAGUAGCCAACUUUGGAAUUUUCAUUUUCUUGAAUCAAGAAAUUGUGAAAUCUAUGUAAGUAUAAUUUGCAAUAUUAUUUUAGGUAGACUAUUUCUUUCCAUCUCAUGUAUUCCUAAGAAUACAGAUUCUUUUUGCCCAUUUUUCAGGUUUUAGCAUACAUGCUGCCAAGCAUAGAACUGUGAAGAAGAACUGUUAAAGGCGGCCAAAUGUUUAUAUACCAGUUGUACAGUCUUAUAAAAACAAACCACCCGAAUCCAUACCAAUGGUAACCAGGAGCAUAAGGCAGUGUGGCUCUGGGGUUCUUAAUUCAUACAUUGCUUCUUCGCUGGCUCAAUCAGGAAAGCAGUCAUCAUACUGCCCACGGUCUGCAUUAUUUCAGGCUGAUGGACAAGGUUGAAAAGAGAAAAUCAGCCUUAACUAUAAAUACCUGCACUGUCUCUAAGGAAUUAGUACUUUGUGUGCUUUUUAAUAAAAACUAUCAGAAGUUUAGAUUAUAAAAAACAAUUAUAUCCAGUUCAUGCUUUGGUGCUUGGUACCUUUUGGUGCCUCUCUAAGCAUUAUUCUUACAUAUUCCACAUAAUAAUACUAUGAGAGAGAAUAAGGAAUUUCUUUUUAAAUCACUGGCACUGAAAAUGGUUUCUUCUGAGCUGUCUUCACUUUGAAUAUUGGGGGGCUUCUCUCAAACAUAUGUGGGUUGGGGGUCCCCUGGAGCAGGCAGGAUUGGCAGUGGUGGGGGUGGACACUUAGGUCUACACAUGUGUGUGCUUGUGGAAGAGUGGAUUAGAAAGGGAACUUCAAGAAUAACACUGGAACCUUAGUUGCCACCAUCCUGGAGCCAUUUUACAGGGUUUUACUUUGAAGUCUUUCAAGUAAAGAAUGUACCACAGCGGCAGCAGAACAGUUCCAAUAGCAUGUUUUUCUCAUUUGUGUUGCAACCCACUAGUUCAGUAAAGCCUUGCUUGACCUGAGUGAACCAGAAGAGAGGGCUGUAGAGUACUGUAUGUCAUAUUUCCAAGGCUUUGGGUGUUCCUCCAAAAAUAAUUGGACCUGUGAAAACUAGUACUGAUUUUUUUUUGUUUUUUUUUUUUUUAAUCUUCAAUUUGAAUUCCCCCCCAAGUGUACUUAAUCACCUUAGUGCCAAUUUAAUCCAGUUAUGCAGGACAAAUUCAUUUUGAAUGUUGGUGUAGAAGUCUGUGCCAUCCUGCCCCAGGCCUUGCCUGGUAUAUUUGGGAAGUGGAAAAGAGCCCUCAGAUGAGGGAUAUGACAACCCUGGAUGGAUGGGAGGGCUCACUCACCACAUUGGAGGUACUGUAAUUCUUAUCCAAGGGUUGGGGAAUGUAGCUCAGGGGUGGAGCAUGUGCUUAGCAUGUCUCCUGAGUCCCAGGAUUCAGUCCCCAGCACCAAAAAAUAUAUACAGCUGUCAACCAUGAGAAGUAGGUAAACCAGAUUAGGUGGUCCAUUGUUUAUCAAGUCAGAAGAUAUAAGUACAUUAGGAAACAGAACUAAAUAAAAAAUCAGUACUUGAUCACACAUACAGAACAAUGAUUGAUUCAUAUUAAGGAUUUUCAAAUAUUGCCUUCAAAGGCGGAUACUGUUUUAAUAACACUAGUCGGUGGGGGAAAAAAUGCAUUCAGAACCCAAAAAGAAACUACUAAAUCUAAUUAGGUUCAGAAAAGUUACUCUUGGGCAGUAUAUGAGUUGUAACUGUAUGACAAAUUCUUCCAAAUUUAGUAGUUUAAAACAACACCCAUUUCUUUGGUUCAUAAUUCUGCAGCUUGCGGGUCCAGCAUGUUAUAGCUGGAUUUUCAAGUCUCACGGACUGAAGUCAGGGGUGGGCAGGGCAACUUUCCUUUAUGAAGACUCUGUUUCAGACUUGUUCAGAUUGUUAGCAGAAUACGUUUCUUGCUUGCCUCAGAAAGGGGCCUUUUGACUCCUUUAAGGCUGUCCACAAACCAGCAGUGGCCCUUCCAGUCCUCCUGCUUCUCAUGCUACAAAUCUACCUUCCUCGUGUUUUAAGUUCCAGGUGAUGAGAUCAAGCCCCAGAUAUAAUCUCUUUUAAGGUCAAUUGUGCCAUAGAAAUGAUGUAAUAAAAGGAGUGGUAUCAUAUUCAUAGGUUCUGGGGGCUGCUAGUGUAUAGAAGGCAGAGAGGCAGUGACUUUGCCUACGCCUUAGUUAUGGGUUAGAUUUUAUCCUAAAAGGGUAGAAGCCUCGUGUGUUUUCUCUACAGACAAGGAUGGCCCUCUGCUCAAGUGUUCAACUUGUGUGUUUACUGAAGUGAGCUACAGAAAUAGCUUUUCUUCCUAAAAGGGGAUUGAACUGUAUUUUGAAGUUAUUUUUUAAUAAAACUAAAUUAUGUCAUAUAAUGUGCUUCUUAAUAGAAAAUCAUUAUUGGACUGGUUUUGUAACGUCCUGUUUACUGCAAAGGAAAUAGCUGGUAUUGUUCAAAAAAUAUAGAAAAUACUUUUGUACAUACUAGCAAUGUCUAAUUUGUAUACACCUCAAUUUCCCUAAAACUUGAAAGAGGGACCUUGUAGAAAUUAAAAUAUAUACUUAGUCUAAA